AUGACCGUCCGUGGGGAUGGCGACGAUGGGCCAAACGAUGCGAUGCUGCUGCAGGCCGGCCGCCGCGCCCCCUCCCACAUGCUUGCACCCCCCUCAGGGCCCUCAGGCGGUGAGGUGAGUCGAGCUUUACGUGCAUUUGUCGACACCCACGUCCGCGGCAAGGUUGUGCAGGGAGGUGAGGGGCAGCAUCUGCGAUCAGAAGCCGUUCGUUGA